AUGAGCAAGAAGGCAUUGGGAGAGCGCGUAUCCCUGGUAGAGAACGAGGUUGCCUUGCUGAAACUGCUUGAUCAUCCAAACGUGGUGCGUUUUAUUGACUAUUACGAGUCCCCCAGCUCGUUUUAUCUCGUGACAGAGCUUGCUACAGGAGGGGAGCUUUUUGACCGGAUAGUCGAGAAGGUUGUUUUUACAGAAAAAGACGCCAAAGCCAUUGUGUUGCAGCUUGUCAAGGCACUUCACUAUCUCCACGAGAACAGCAUUGUGCACCGCGACAUCAAGCCAGAAAACAUAUUGUACAAGACCCAGGACCCUGACAGCGAUGUUGUGUUGGCGGAUUUCGGGAUCGCCAAAAAACUCAGCCGUUCGGAGCCGUAUAUCCGCGAUCACGCCGGCUCUUUCCUAUACGCGGCGCCAGAAACCUAUACGUACGAAACGUACGGCUACAAGGCAGAUAUAUGGUCACUGGGAGUGGUAUGCUAUAUAUUGAUGUGCGGCUACAGUCCGUACGAUGCAAACACUGUUGACGAGUUUCUGCGGGUGGUGGAGGAGCCGUUGAGUUUCGACGACAGCAGCUGGGCCAAUGUGAGCGAGGAAGCCAAGGAGUUUGUUCUCUGCUGUCUCGACACGCGCCAGGAAACGCGGUUUCCGGCUUGGCGACUGCUGCAGCAUCCGUGGCUGACAAGCGACACGCAGAAAGAAGUCGACCUGAUCUCCAACCUCCGGGACGGCUACUCUGCCAAGAAAAAGCUGAAGGCUGUGAUCCACAUGGUUCUGAUCCGAAACAGGUUCCAACAGUUGCGAAGCUUGACCGGCGAGGAGGAAUUCGAGCUGGCAGACCCGUAUCUGUCAGACCCUGACAAGUCGCGAUUGCUGGGCGAUGCGUUCCGCAACCUUGUGUUUGCCGCCAAGGACAACAAGGAGAAGAUCAUGAGCUACCAAGUGGACGACGCGGGCCGAUGA